AGGAGUUGUGGACAACAGGAGCAUUUCUUGAACAACUUUAAGGUUAGGGUCACUGGGGCCUGUAAGGACAAAACAUCAAUCUUGCUAUCAAAAUGCGGACAGCAUUUUUUCUAAAUGCUAUGAAUGUUUUUUUUCCAGAAUGAAAGAUGAAAAAUCCAUAUGAGAUAUUAAGCGUGGUAUGUGUUAAAUAAGUGGUACCAUUCAUUCUGGUAAUAUAGCAAACUGGAUAACAUAAAAUAAUAUUUACAAGGAUUUGAGCAAAGUGAAAAUGGAUGCCAUUACACCUAACCAGGCAAGUCUUCCAGACAAUUACACUGUACUUGCUAACAAUACAGACUAUACAACUGACAUAUAUGACUGGUACGACUACAACGGGUCUUACUAUUACGACUACCAAGAGGGUGACGGUCAUACCAGCCCUACAGAUAUGAUUUCUGUCAUUUUAUGUGUACUUGGUAUACUUGCAAACAGCUUCGCUAUUAUUGCUAUAAUAAAGGCGUGUAGAAGACUAACAACACAUCUAAAACUAGUAAUAAGUUUAUGCUGUUCAGAUGCACUCAUUCUUGUUUCAAAUUUUACCAAAAUAACAGUCAACCUCACAAAACAUGGUACCGAAUACGACGACAAACAAAUUUGUUUCAAUUUAGCAAUGAGAUUAACAAUCGAUCUAGCACUUCUUGCGACACUUUUCAAUUUACUUGGAAUUGCAAUAGACCAAUACCUAGCGAUUUUAAAACCACUGUUUUACAAGAAAGAGAUGACAAGGGUGAGAGGAUUGAUUGGCAUUGCUGCCAUCUGGGUUAUAAGUGUAUUAGCAAUUGUUCUGGAAAUAGUAUCUGGCCUUGAAGAUAAGAAGGAAACGGAAUCGCUUUGCUCUGCAAUUGCAUUCGAUGAUAUGAAUGCAGAAUUUGCUAUUUAUGUUUUUAUUUUUGUUUGUCUCCUUGUCAUUAUCUUGAUAUACGCCAGAGUAUACAUUUGCGUCAUCAGGCGUCGAUUACCUCAUAGGGGACGUCAUCAACAAACCGGAUCCAGAAGUGUUAAAACUCUCGUCACAACAUCACUAUUUGUGUUAACAUUCGUGCUAUUCUGGACUCCAAUCGGCAUAUUUAACGUUUAUACGUAUUUUCAAAGUCAGACCGAUAUCAUGAACAAUUUUGGUAGUUAUGCACAAACUGGAGAAAUUUUAUAUGUUAUUCUAUUACUCAACACUAUUUCAGAUCCAAUUAUCUAUGCUCUUCGUCUGCAAAAAGUAAGCAGACAAUGUUUCUUGAUUUCUGCUGAAGUGCGUCGUCUAUCAACUAUAACGGACCGAUCAUCUGUUAACCCAUUUUGAACGCAUACAACUAUCCGUUAUAUUUUAUUUCAUAAUGGAAAGAACUAUCCUGUACGUUUAAGUUACCUUAAAAUGACAAGAACUAUCCUUUACAUUUUAUUUUAGAAUGGCCAAUGAGUUUCCCAGAUUUCAUUUUGUAAUAUUAAAUAACCAAUGAAAACUUU